GGUUGAGUCAAAAUUUGCGGAGGAAAGUACGGGCAGAAGCACAUGGUGAAUGUUUUCCUAGCUGGUGUCGAUUCGAUCGAGAGGAAAGUAGCCGAAAAGGAUACUGCUGCAAACCACAUGCGAGGCUCGCGAAGGAUGCUAUAGCGGAGUUCUGUCAGAUCAAGUCUCAGACACUCACAAUUCGGUGGAGGAUAAAAUCAGGAACUUCUGAUGGUAAACUGGCAGGAAACCAUGGCAACUGAAGAGGAUGUACUCUUCGAUGAUGUUUACGAACUCUGUGAGGUGAUUGGCAAAGGCCCCUUCAGUGUGGUUCGACGAUGUGUCCACAAAGAAACAAGUCGUCAAUUUGCGGUGAAAAUUGUGGAUGUGGCAAAGUUCACGGCCAGCCCGGGAUUGUCCACAGACGACCUGCGUCGAGAGGCAAGUAUCUGUCACAUGUUGAAACACUCACACAUUGUGGAACUUCUGGAGACGUACAGCUCAGAGGGCAUGCUUUACAUGGUGUUUGAAUAUAUGGAUGGUGCUGAUCUUUGCUUUGAAAUUGUCAAGCGGGCAACUGCAGGUUUUGUGUAUAGUGAAGCUGUAGCGAGCCAUUACAUGCGACAGAUUCUGGAGGCCUUACGCUACUGUCAUGUCAACGGGAUAAUCCACCGUGACCUCAAGCCUCACUGUGUUCUACUCGCCUCCAAAGAAAACUCGGCCCCAAUCAAACUGGGUGGGUUUGGAGUUGCCGUCCAACUGCCAGAGUCCGGGACUAUAUCAGGAGGUCGGAUAGGGACCCCUCACUUCAUGGCGCCAGAGGUUGUGAAGCGGGAGCCGUAUGGGCGACCUGUCGACGCCUGGGGUUGUGGCGUGCUCCUCUAUAUCCUUCUCUCAGGGUCACUUCCGUUUUACGGGACCAAGGAUCGACUCUUUGAUAUGAUAGUCAAAGGAACGUACCACUUGCGUCCAAAGCAGUGGGAUACCUUAUCCAGUGAUGCUAAGGAUCUGGUGAACCGACUGUUAGAAGUGGAUCCAGACAAGCGGAUCACCAUAGAAGAGGCCUUAAAUCACCCGUGGAUUAAGGUGGGACCUGAAAGAAAUAAAAUAUCCAAAGUCCACCUCCAUGAAACUGUGGAUGAAAUGAAAAAAUUUAAUGCAAGAAGAAAACUUAAGGGUGCUGUCCUAGCAGCUGUGUCCAGCUCAAAGUGGACGUCGUUUUACAAUGACCCUCCAGAAACAACAGAAAAUGAUGAGGAAAUCACAUCAGCAGCGGUAUCACAAAUUCUUGAUAGCCUUGAAGAGAUUCAGUGCCUAACCGAGUGUUCGGAGAAGGAGAAGGAUUUUCUGGAGAGCGUGUUUCAGGACACCAAACUCCACGCCUUGUUAGAUCUCUAUGAUAAGAUCAACACCAAGUCUGUAUGUCCUUCCAAUCCACCCAAUGCUGAUGCUGCAUUCAAAGCAAAAGAGGUUUUGCAGACAGUUGAAGAUGCACCUGAGCAUUUACUGGAGGAAUGUGAAGAGCUGCGAGAUGUCCUCUCCAAGCCGCACUUCAUGGCACUACUGCAGGCCCACGAUGUAGUCGCACACGAGGUGUAUAGUGAGGACGCAGUGCGCGUCACCCCUCCCCCCGUCCAGCCGUACCUCAACGGUGACGCCGAGGCUGACAGCCCCAGCCUAGAGGCCGAGAUGGAAAACGUCACACGAGUACGACUUGUACAGUUCCAGAAAAGCAAAGAAGAGCCCAUGGGAAUCACAUUGAAAGUUACUGAUGAGGGAAAGUGCCUUGUGGCUCGUGUCAUGCAUGGGGGGAUGAUUCACAGACAAGGCACUUUACACGUCGGUGAUGAAAUUCGGGAAAUUAAUGGGAAUGGAGUCCAAAAGCAGUCUGUAGAUACCUUACAAACAAUACUGAGGUCUCUGCAGGGCACAGUGACUCUGAAAGUAGUCCCGUCUUCCAUGGGUGAAAAGGCUGAAUCCACAAACUCUAAAGAGAUUUAUGUGAAGGCCUUAUUUGAAUACGACCCUCGAGAUGAUGACCUCAUCCCGUGUGCUCAAGCGGGCGUGCCCUUCAAGGUUGGGGAGAUUUUACAGAUCAUAAGUAAAGACGACCCCAACUGGUGGCAGGCGCGGAAAUGGGGGUUGACAAACAGCGCCCCAGCAGGACUAGUGCCAUCCCCUGAACUCCAGGAGUGGAGGACGGCCUGCCUAGCCAUAGAGCGUGCCAAGCAGGAACAUGCUGCUCACUGUUCUUGGUUUGGUCGCAAAAAGAAGCAAUACCGGGACAAGUAUUUGGUGAAACACAAUGCCGUGUUUGAUCAGCUUGACCUUGUGACCUACGAAGAGGUCGCAAGGUUACCUGCCUUCAUGAGGAAAACUCUGGUGCUCUUAGGUGCUCAUGGCGUAGGCAGACGACAUAUAAAAAAUACUUUAAUCACAAGUCAUCCUGAUAAAUUUGCUUAUCCCAUUCCUCAUACAACCCGGCCACCCAAACGGGAUGAAGAAAACGGUAAAAACUACUUUUUUGUUACGCACGAAAAAAUGAUGGCUGACAUAGCGUCCAAUGAAUAUUUAGAAUAUGGGACCCACGAGGACGCGAUGUACGGUACAAAGCUGGAGACCAUACGACAAAUCCAUGACAACGGACUCAUGGCAAUCCUCGAUGUAGAACCACAGGUCAAGUUUCAUCAUGGCCAUCCUAUUUUGCAGGCUUUAAAAGUAUUAAGAACAUGUGACUACGCCCCUUAUGUGGUCUUCAUAGCCGCCCCUACACUAACACCCACCACCGAGGCUCUCAAAGUGUUGCGUACUGCUGACUUUGCUCCUAUUAUCGCUUUCAUUGCCGCACCACGACCCAGCGACUUGCGGGAAAUGCGUAAUGUGCCCGUCGAUGAUGGGAGUUUGGAGCGCCUGGCGCGAGAAAGCGAGCAGUUAGAGAAGGCGUAUGGCCAUUACUUUGACCUGAAAAUUGUGAAUAACGACAUUGAAGAGACCAUUGCCAUUUUGGAGAAGUCUAUCAAGGAGGUGUGUUCUACGCCUCAGUGGGUGCCGGUUAGCUGGGUGUACUGAUGAUGUAACACCCACAUCUAAACACCCCACCACCCCCAAAUCACCCCAUAGGGCAACAAGAAUGGGCUAACAGAUCAGUGACUUGCUUUGUGGAGCGUGGAUGACCUGGGUGUCCUGUACAAACAGCUGUUGUGAUGAUGGAUACAUGAAGUUUGGACUCACAAGUACCAACUCCCCAUAUCCUCCCUCCCCAACCCCACCCUCCACCCCCCAUUCAGUGUCAUGACCCACAAGUAGGGCAAUAGGAAUCGGCAGAUAAAUCAGAGCAGUAGUUUGCUUGGUGACGCAAGUAGAACCUAGGUGCCACAAUGGCAGAUAAAACAAUCCAGGAUGUUUGGAGAAAGAUAUGCAUGGGGAUACAUUUUGUAUUACUAGCCGUUAGGUGCCAGGGUCCAAUUCUACUAAGAUGGUUUUGACUUCAGUCAGAUGUAGAUAUCUGAAUUUUAGUGUAAUUUGUGGACUUUGCCAGCUGAAUGGAUGUAACAUUGCAGGUGUCAGACAAAGCUAGCACAGUUUGGAUUUUAUGGACCACAUUAUUAUACUUUUGCACAUAAUGUUACUCUGAAAAAUUUUCACUGAAGUAAAAAAUUGAUUAAUGGAAUUGGCCGUGGCACGAUAAAUUUGCGAACAGUGAAACAUGAUCAGACAUUGAAUUCGGUUAUUCAAGGAGUAAAUAUGGGACUGUAAGAUCUGGGUCGUCUUUGAAAAUUCUUUUUCCUUUUAUUUUAGGUAAAUGGUUUUGCAUGAUAAUGAAGUAUUGCAUUAUAAACAAGUAAACACACUUGUUUGUAAAUCUUACUUGAUCCCAAAAACAAGCAGCAUUUUGACACCAAACUCCAAUAUCUUUCAUGGUAGCAAUGAUUGAAAAGGUUUCUUAAAAUAUGGACUUCGCAGCUUCUUACCGUAACAGUUAGCUCCCCUGAAAAUAUGGCACUCAUUAGAGUAAAAAAAACUAAAAUAUGAAAUAAGGUUUAUCUUGCAGACAACUGAAAAUUUAGGGUAAAAAUGCUUUCAAAUAUUUUUUCAGAUUUUUUAAAGAGAUAAAUAAAUACGGAUGCCUACUUUGAUUUUUAGAGGUCUUUUGCUUUAAACCUUGAGUCUCGGAGUAAAUUUGCCCCACUAAAGCCAUGCUUUGUCACUUUUUCCACCUCCAGUUUUGAAAAGCACACAAGAACAAAGGCUACAGGUAUGUGGCAACCGUCAUAUUCUCCACUUCAUUCGGUCAGCACUUGAUGCGUACCUGUACACUUGUUAAAAUUAAACGCAACAAUUUAAUAAGACAGAACUGUUAUUAUGCCAUUUGUGAAGUCCAUAUAUAAGAAGAACCAAUGAAAACAGUAAAGCUCACCAGAAAUUUCACUUCAGACUUAUUUCUAUGAAAGACAAGGGAAUUUGUGAAAAUAUUUUCAGAUAGAGUUUGAAAGUUUUCAGCGGUCUCUGUUGGAUGAUGACGGCUUAAGCUUUGUUUCCUUUGCACGCAGCCAAAGAUUAUGUGUAUAAAGCAACAAAUAUAUAUUUAAUGAAAUAGAAGCAUUGAAGUGGGUUUAAAGCCAAAAUGAAGUGAAGAAACAACAAGCUGAUUUUCAAGUAUUUUGCAUUAUUUUUUUUAUCAGUCCAGCUCUACAAUCUAGGAUCUUUAUGAAUAAAGCGAACAGUUCUGAUUCUGUUUGAAAAGCAAGUUAAGUCUCCAGACUUCCAUUCUAAACAUCAAAGGUAUCAUCAGGUUCCAUCUGCUUCCAAGCCUUUUUAAAAUGUAUUAAUCCUGAUAUUGGCAGAAGAGAAAAUAUAUUUGAGGGGAAAAAAGACUAGAAUUUCCAGAAGGUGUUGUGUCCACAUGUAAGCUGAAUUAAUUCUGUGAUUGUGACAAUCGCCCUUUCUUGUCUGCCUCCUGGUUGAGAAUGGGUAUGCCCAUGACCUUUGACAUUGUAUUCAUGUUCAUCUGUUAAUUGUGUCAUUGGACGCAACCACUUCUAUGUGAAGGGGGUUGUAGGUUUUGUUUUUUCAUGGUAAAGCCCCUCAGCUGAAUAUUCAACUGAUCUUGUACAUAAAAGACGAUGUUUGUAUUAGUAAUUAAAAUGUGAUCUUACCAUAGUUGUGAUCUAUUUGUUGAAAAUAUGGCAAGAAAUCAAAUAUUAUUGACCAAUAUCGUAAUCCAUGAUGAGUAUCACCUUCACAGUCAAACCCAUAUUACAUUGUCUUUGUUGUGUAAGGGGAAACAUUUAGAAUGGUAUCUUGGUGAUGGUUUUAGACUGUAAACUUACCUGUUUUCUACAGUCCUAUUACAAAUGGAUACAUGUUCUCUUUAGUUAUUUAUGCUCUAAGCAUUUUACUGUUCUACUGGAAUUGAUUUGAUAUGUUAGCUUUUAGUCCGACCCCAUUUAUUGUCCACCAGCUUUAUUUGCCGUGUCUACUUUUUCAUUUUAUUGUAAAUUUUAAGCAUGUGAUUUUCAUUUGUAAUCAGUGAUAUUUUAAUAAUUGAUUUGGUGUUCAGUGCAAAUUUAACAUUUUGGUUUAAAAAGAAAGUCCUCCAAUUUACCUUUUUUUACACAGAGUGUGAUAAUAAUAACAGGGGGUUUUCCACACACUUCAUGGGCACAUCUCUAUUAAACUUACAACCCAAGUCUUAAUCAAUUCUGCCAUGUGCCCGUCACAUUUUUACGGUGUGUUUUUUUUAGAGUGUAUGUGGAUAACGUUCGUCCAGUUCAUAACACUUGUUUUUCACUUUAGGACAAUCAUUCCUGCAAAUACUUCAUCAUAUAGCGGACCAAUCAUUGCAUCCUUUUGGAUGUUUUAAACAAGUUAUCACUUGGAUAUGAAGUCCAAAGCAAAUCGCUUUUUGAGUUACCUCCCAUCACACUACUUUCGACUUCUACCAAAGUUGGAGAACUACAUUGCAGGUGUUAAAAACUAGGCUGUAAGAGUCUUCACUUUGAUCAAAACAGUCAAGAGAAUCACGCAGGUACAUUUGGUAGAUUUCAAAAAAAUAACCUUUGUUUUUGAAUUUAAAGUUGUGCUGAAAAGUAAGAAAUCUCAAUUAAGCUGGGACUGAUAUGUCAGAAGUGAUCACCAUUUUGAUUUUGAUCACCCUUCACCUUUGAUGGUCUCCAUAUUGCAUCCUAAAGCGGUUAUUUUCGUGUUACUUUCAAUAGAAAGAAAGGUAUUCCGGUGUGAAAGUUAGGAAACUAUCCGGUCACGAAAGUUAAUUUCAGUAGGAUUUUCUUGUCUUUAGUUUACUCAUUUUGAAGAAUAUUUGCGUUGAGAAGCGGGAUUUGGCACCACAUAAACCUCGUCCGGGUAAUCCUGUUAAGGUGUCCUCAGUUUGAAGUCGGUACUUCUGUUAUAAAAGUUUCUGCUCUGUUAGAGAAGUGGUUCUUGCUAGAAGAGACAGUAUAUAGUUCAGUAUAUUAACUGUUCUGCUUAUGUGAACUGUUCUGCCUCUGUAAACAAAGCAAGUGCCUAGUGUACAACUGUCCAUCACGCACAGCCAGUGGCUUAAACCAAAGUAUAAACACUGCUGUUGUGUCGGCGAGUAUAUUGACAGCUGGUUCUGACUGAAUGGUGAAAAUGGCUGAGAACGACUAUAAAUAAGCUUAUAGACAGUUUAAUGUUCAGGCAUAUGGCCUGCCAGGCUUGCUUCUUAAAUGUCUGUCCACACAAUUGCGUUUAUUUUGGCUUGUUGGUGACUAGAGAAGUAUUUAUUCAUGAAAAGCCUAGGUUGUGGUUGCUUGGUUCCAGAUGUACAAGACGUAUUCCUUCGUCUGUUAAUUACAAUAUCUUCAGUAGCUGGAAUCUUUAUUUAUUUUAUCCGUUGUUGUUGUAAAAGGUUGUAUUUCCUUGUUUGACAGUUGUAUUUUUGCGUUGCCGUAUUUUAGGUUAAUACCGUCGCUGUUAUUUGACAUUUUAAACGACUGUAGUUUUGUUUGUGGUAUAUUCUGUUCUUUAUGCAUAUUCAGUAGUACUUACGUCAUGCGCAAAGGUUCAUCACCUGUUUUUUUUUAAUUGGUCCAAUUGAAUUGACGCUUUAAUGCUGGGGGUUUUGUGCCGAAUAUACUACUUGGCUGUAUUUUUAAGUUAAGGCAGAAUUUGUUUGUUUAUGUUCACGUAAACCGAUCUGUUAAAUGAAGAGGAACAUCUUAGUCCACUUGUUAUCAGGAAAGGGCAAUGCCUUAUACAGCAUGGUAUCUAGUUUUUAUGGCUCAAUACGACCAUUCCCAUUGGUUUCCACUAACAGGGAGAAAACGUAAUGUUUUACAUUUUUUUCUGGAAUGUUUGUUCUUCGUUGAGCACAAAUGAUUUCCAACAACAGCGGUUAACUGGUUUAUUCAGUUGGCGCAAUCCCAUUACAACUGCAUGCCUGUGAAAGUCAUGAAAUGCUGCUUUACGUUUGAUUGGAUGUUCGGGCAUACUUCAUCGCCAUUGGCUUAACGAUAAAUGGUCAGUUGUAAUAGCCAUUUGGAUUGGUCGUCUGAGAAAGUGAAUUUGUCGCGCGAGUCGACAAUCAAUAACCCUUCCCGUCUUCCAAAAAAAAAAAGAACCUCACGUCUCAAAAAUGAUUUUUGUUGUCCCAUGUU